CAGACGGACUGAUUGGAGGUCUGCUGCGGACUCAGUCGGAGCAGCCGACACUGAAAUAGGUGGGAAAAGUUGCUCCUAACUACCUCCACGGCCGACGCAGAGCAGAGAGACGCCGCCGGAGUGUUGAAGCAGUGUCCCCAGUCAGACAUGAGGAGUCCUCCAGGCCUGGGUUGCUGAGCAGCUGAGGUCAGAGUUCAAGUGCUUGUUGCGGCAGUCAUGGCUGACAGAGAGGGGCUGCCCAUCGCCCCGGGGCAGGUCUACAUCGAGGUGGAGUACGACUAUGAGUACAAGGCCAAAGACAAGAUGGUGACGAUCCGCCAGGGAGAGUGGUACAUGCUGGUAAAGAAGACCAAUGAGGACUGGUGGCAGGUGAGGAAGGAGGAGGGCACAAAGGCCUUUUAUGUGCCGGCGCAGUAUGUCAGGGAGGUGCGUCGAGCACUCAUGCCCCCCCAGAAGCCCUCCUUGAGGGCCAAGCCCACCGUUUUGGAUAUCUGCCGGGCAUCCAAUGAAAACCUCAACAGACCCCAGCCGGAAAUGUCCAGCUUUGGGCGUCCGUCUCCUUCCUCCACCCCGUCGCCAUCCUCUGAUCGUGUCACGCCGCCAGUUCUGCCCAAGGAUGCAAACCAGAAUGUGGGGAGUCCCCAUCACUGCAAGGUGGUCGCUGAACUGGUGCUUCUUCACAACAACAACAACCAUCACCACGCCAACAAUUCAACGUUGCCAAGGACACGGGCAGACUCGCCUCCUCUCAAAGUGGGGAACAACCACAACAAGAGUCCAGAUAGUGACAAGACCUCCCCACCAGGCGACCUGCCAGGAGAGGGGCUGAACAAGCUCCACAAUGACUCUGAGUCUGGGGACGAGCUGAGCAGCAGCUCAACAGAACACACGCAGACAACGUCCCCUACAGGUCAGGGCCGGUCCGACUCACCGGUCUACACCAACCUGCAGGAGCUGAAGAUCUCUCAGUCCAGCCUGCCACCCGUCCCAUCCAGCUCCCCUCUUCACAUCCUGGGCGACUGGGAGACCCACAAAGACCUGAGUGGCAGGCAUUUCUACUACAACCGCGCCACCGGAGAGCGCACCUGGAAGCCGCCGCGCACCAGAGACACGAGUGGUAGCACCAGCAGUAUCCGAGGGGACAGCCAGGGCACAGUGGAGAGUGAGCCGCUGUCCUCAGAGGAAAACUGUCACAGCACCCACUCGAGCCAGUCUGACAGCCAGUACGGGUCGCCCCCUAGAGGCUGGUCCGAGGAGCUGGAUGAACAUGGACACACUCUCUAUGUCUCUGAAUACACACAGGAGAAGUGGAUAAAACAUGUGGAUGAGCAAGGCCGACCCUACUACUACAGCGCUGAUGGCUCCAGGUCAGAAUGGGAACUACCCAAGUACAAUAUCUCCCCUCAGUCCGGAGAGGUCCCCAAGAGUCGCAGUCUAGAGAGGAAGCAGCAGGACCCCAUCGUCCUCACCAAGUGGAGACACAGCACCUACGUCUUAGACCUCAACGACAAGGAGUGUGCUCCGGCGCCCAAGCAGAGCUCUCCAGACUCUGACUCCUGCCCCUCAUCUCCUAAGCACCCCUCGACACCCUCAGAGAAGUGUGGAGUCCUCAAUGUCACCAAAAUCACAGAGAAUGGAAAGAAAGUCAGGAAGAACUGGACGUCCUCGUGGACGGUGCUGCAGGGUUCCUCCCUCCUCUUCGCAAAGGGUCAGGGGGGCAGCACCAGCUGGUCUUACUACCGCAGCGGCUCCAUCCCUGAGCUGCUCCUCACUCUCCUUAGCAGCUGGAAGCGCUCAGUCAAGCCCCGUCCUGCUGUCUCCUAUGUGAACUGUAGGCCUGUGCAGGCUGCCGCUAAGUUUGGCAGCAACCAGUCGAAGCCGGAGUUCACUGUGGAUCUGAGGGGGGGGUCGGUGGAGUGGGCCUCCAGGGACAAGUCGAGCAAGAAGCAUGUCAUCGAGCUGAAGACUCGUCAAGGCACAGAGCUGCUGAUCCAGUCAGAGAUCGACAGUGUGAUCAACGACUGGUACCGGGCCCUCACAGAGACCAUCAACACACACGCCUGGGAGUCAGACGAGGCCAUCGAGGAGGACAUGCCCGAGUCUCCAGGAGCUGAGAAACAGGACAAGGAGAAAGACCACCGGGACUCCAAGAAGAACCGAGCGAUGAAGACCUCCGUGAGUAUGGACUCAUCAGACCAGAAAAAAACCAGGAUGAAGCUCAAGAAGUUCCUGAUACGCCGGCCCACGUAUCAGGCCGUCCGAGACAAGGGCUACAUCAAAGAUCAGGUGUUCGGCUGCAGUCUGACCAGCCUGUGCCAGCGGGAGAACACGUCGGUGCCCAACUUCGUCAAAAUGUGCAUCGAGCAUGUGGAGAACACAGGUCUCAAUAUUGACGGCUUAUACAGAGUGAGCGGGAACCUGGCGGUGAUCCAGAAGCUGCGCUUCGCUGUAAAUCACGAUGAGAAGGUGGAUCUGAAUGACAGCAAGUGGGAGGACAUCCACGUCACCACCGGAGCUCUCAAGAUGUUCUUCAGAGAGCUUCCUGAGCCUCUCUUCACAUACGGAUCCUUCAACGACUUUGUCAACGCCAUCAAAUGCUCCGACUACAAGCAGAGAGUGAACUCAAUCAAAGACUUAAUCAAGAAGUUGCCAAAACCCAACCACGACACAAUGCAAGUCCUUUUUAAACACCUGCGCAGGGUGAUCGAACACGGAGAGGCCAACCGCAUGACCACCCAGAGCGUGGCCAUCGUGUUCGGGCCCACGCUGCUGCGGCCCGAGACCGAGACGGGCAACAUCGCCGUCCACAUGGUCUACCAGAACCAGAUAGUGGAGCUCAUACUGCUCGAGUACGAAAGCAUCUUUGGCAGGUAGAGGCACCCGCUCCGAAGAGGAUGCAGGGCUUUCAGACGCGGGCUUCUCCUCCUUUUCCCCCCUUUUCUUUGACUGAGCUGAACAUUGCUGUGGACCAAGCGGUUGGGAGAAAAAAAUCGUCUUUACAUUCAUUGACAGGACAGUUUACGAAAGCGUUGCACUUACAGAGGUUUUGGAGAUGAAUUAAAAUAAAGGUGUACAGAUUUCACCCGCUUUUUCAGUUGCCAUUCCUGCUGCCAGUAGCGGGCCGGACGGCGGACAGCGGUUGGGAGUGAUGCCGUGAUGACGUGUGGACGUCCGUGUGAUUUGGUGGAUUUGAGUAUUCAGGUGUUUUCACAUACACUGGAUCCCUGCGGCCAGUAAUUCGAACUUCAGAGCAGAGCCGGCGCAGGCCGACCGGACCUUGGCGCAUCGCGGCGGGGGCACGUGGCAUUAUAAGGCCAAACCGGCGGCCUCACCGCCUCGCUGACGGGAUGAGCUGGAUCUGAACUGGAUAGGUUUUCUGCGUCGUGGAGCUUUGUCUGUGAUGUAUCAGCCGUGUGUGGUUUUGGAUCAGGUGGAGAAAAUAAUCAGCGUUAUGUUACCAGACUGUCUUUUGGCACUUGGAUGAACUGGAGUUACAGAUCGUGUCCCCAGCUUCCCACAAUCCCACUCUCCCCUAGCGACCCCAUGACCCCACCUCCCUCAGCCCAACUCCCCCUUUCAGCCAGUGUUAAGCAUUAACCCUGUGACACGAGCGCCCUGUGACUUGAAAGAUGGAGGACGACCCCUCGGUGUGUGUGAGUGAAUUAACCUAAAUGGAAUAAAACCUGAGCAGCGUCCUCGUCUUGCCACUGUGUACAAACUGUGUGUCGUGUAGUCUUACGUGCUUUGCUAAAGUUUCCGUUAAGCUGCCGGGGCUCGUCGUCUGUGAACUUCAGUGUUGGUUCCUUCGGUGGCGGGAAACGUCACCGAGGUCCUGGUGUUACUGGAAAACAACAAAGCGGAUUUCUGAGAUCUGCAAUGUUACCGAUUUUUACAUGAAUUGUCUCUGUCGGCGUGAUGACCCUUCUCUUCACCUAAGCUAAUAUUAAAGAGUAUUCAGAGAAGGGAAACGGUACCGAGUGUAUUUCAAAGGCUGACGUACGGGAGCAUAUGGGUGCUAGAAUGCAAAGAAGAGCCUUUAAAAACCUUUCAGAGCAUAUGUACAGUGACAGGAAGUAGUUGUUACGAUGUGUUAUAGUGACAGGUAUGUAUGCUUUGAUGGUGAACUAGUGAAAGAUGAUUUUCAUUUUGUAAAUUUGAAUUAAAACCGUGACAAUACACAGAUUGUGGUAAAAAAAACAAACACAUGAUCGACUGUUACUUUUGUUUGAAGGUGUACCUGGAGUGUUUGCGCAUGGUCAGCUGCACAUUUUGAAUGUAAUUUUCAGGCUAACUGCUGUUUGUGAAAUUGCUAUGUCUAAUAAAAAAGACAAACUAAACGCUGA